CACCGACCAGGCCACAAAUCUGCCCGUAACUGGCUGUUUGCGCCUGCAAACCAAAUUCUGACAACGCCACGGGCAUAACUAGCUUCGGCGCUAUUUUGCAACACCACAUUUGACCCGUUUUAUGCUGAUUUGGUGGCGCUACCGGUGGUCUCCCCGCGCGAGGCUCCUCUCUCGACUGUUUGGAUGGACAUGAGCGCGGAUGUCAAGCUCGUCAACCGCGACGGCGGCCUCAACCCACCAUCCGACGCUGUCCUCCCCAUCGAUGAGUCGGCCACAGCCCACAACGAUGAUGCUUUCCAAAUCAACAGCAAAGUCUCAAUAAAAGCAGAAGAGGAGCCUCUCGCGGCGAAUGGGGACCAUGGUGGUGUCACGCAGCGUCCGGCUAAGCGGCGCAAGCUUGACGACCUCCCUCCAAGUCGCUCAGCGUCGCGCGCCGUAUCACCUCCCUGGAAGCCCUUCGCAGCUAAUGGGCCGACGACGAUAAUUACAGACAGCGGCAUCAGGAAGUCCGGGAGGGUCAACAAGGAUGCUCCGCCGCCGGUGCCUGAGCCAGUCAAGCGAAGCACCCGGAACGCGGCAAAGGCUACACAGACAAAUGGGAUACCAAAGAAUACUGCACAGCAGAAUGGGUCUCGUUCGCUGUCUGGAUCUGCAGCCGUCUCUAAGUCCAAGGCGGCACAGUCUGUCGCCCGCAAGGCAUCUACGCCGUCGCUUCAGUCGCCAACUCAAAGGAAGUCUGAGCGCCACAGGAAAUCCUCCUCCUCUGCUGCCACUGCUGCCGCCCCCUCGUCUCCUGUGCUGCAGAAUGGGUUCGCUGAUAGCGCAAGGCGUCGACCCGGACGGCCUCGGAAAUCGACGCAGACGUCCUCAGAUGACAUGGGUGGCGACCUCUUCAGUACUCCAACGUCGCAUUAUCCGAGCGGCCUUGCUUCCGGCGGCAUUCACAGCUCACCCUCAGACGGAAAUCCUAAUGCGCCAUUCCGCCUCAGACUUCGGCUUCGCAAACCCGAGCCUCCCAACCGACACCCGCAGCACGUGCCUGCCCCUGCAAAGUUCUCCUCGUUCGCCGAGUGGCUGCAGCAAGAUGAUGCGCUGGAAGGAGAAGAGGGGCAACGCAUAACGCACGAUAGGGCUGUCGAGGAGGCAGAGCGGCGCAUACAGAUUGUCGACGCCGUGGAGCAUGGCGUGCUUAGUCAAGCACAGUGCAGCAUAUUCAUCCCUGACGCUGCUGACGAACCCCCUCCACGCUAUGGACACUGGGAUUAUGUUGUCGCGCACGCUGUGCACUUCAACAAGCUGCUCAAGGAGGAAAAUGCUUACCACCGAAGGAUGGCAAAAGUUCUGGCGAGGGAGGCUGUCGACUACUGGAAGGAGAAGUACAAGCGGAAGACCCAGGAAGAGAUUGAACAGGAAGAAGCCGAACGUGCAAAAUUACGGUACAGACAACUGGUCAGAGAUGUCAAGGAUUCCUGGGCAAACGUCAAGAUAGAUAUCGAUAAGGAACGGGUAGCGAGGUGGGAGGAGGAGCAGCUUCAGCUUGGCCACAAGGCCAUGGAUGACAUGUUCAACCAGGCGAAGGAAAUUCUUGGCCGGAACGUCGUGGGCUCUACUUCCUCUUUCGUCAGCGAAGAUGAGGAGAGUGAAGAUGAGGACGCCCUGUCUGAGGGCGGUGCUCCGGUUGCUUCUGGUGACUCGGAUGAUGACGAAAAUAUGAGCUCGAUCUCUGACAGUGAUGACGGCCACGAGAAUGAUGACGAUGCUAAUCUCACCGCCGAGCAAUUGCAAGCCAAGUAUGAUCAGCUCCCUGACCUCCCUGACGAGACUUCAGACGACGAGGGAGACUCGGAAGUCGACGAGGACGACGACCAAGAUCAACGAACUCCGGAUCCCACUCCGGAUCCAGACCUUGAAGUGCAGGAUGGCGAUGAUCUAUACGCUACUUGUAACCUUCUCCCCAACAACCCUUAUGCCCAUACAAAUGGACAUGCAAAUGGAUUCGACUCAGACGAAGCAGAGGAGGGCAAUCACAAACCCAGCGGCAUCGAUCCUGCCACCGUCGAUCUAGAGCAAGUUGACGAAGCUCUACUAGAUUCAGAAGACGAUGGGAGCGCAUCCGAGUCUGGGAGUGAGGAGUGGUUGAGUGGUGAAGAAUCUGAAGAGGAUGACCGCUCCGCGUUGGGCUCAGAUGAUGAGGAGGAUCUGGGAGUCUUGGGCUUCCUUUCUAGUGCAGAGAUCAAGCAGAUGAAAGCAGCCGCUAAAGCUUCCGUGGAUACUGGAGAUGGAAUUGGCCAGAUCGAGGAUGGAGAAGUACCUGCUGUAAAUGGGGUCAUCGGGCAUCACGAGGAGUCAGAGAAUCAAGAGGUGCUGGGACCUGCCAUCGUAAACGGCAGUUCAAUGACGACAGAGACGCAAGGUCACCCUACCAACUAUGACGACGACGACGCCGCCCCACGCCCUGCGCCCUCGAUUGAAAUAGACGAAUCCAAAGAUGUGGAGUACGCUCCCUCCAUAUCCGAGAAAGCCAUUUCAAGGAGCAGAUCUCGUCAUGUCUCCUCUCCUCCGCGUACCCAAAUACCGUCCUUACUCCGGGGUACACUCCGAGAAUAUCAGCACGGUGGACUUGACUGGCUCGCCAACCUCUAUGACUCUGACACAAAUGGUAUCUUAGCCGACGAGAUGGGCCUUGGGAAGACAAUCCAGACAAUCUCUCUUCUCGCGUACCUGGCAGUCGAUCGGGGAAUAUGGGGCCCUCACCUCGUCGUUGUUCCAACUAGCGUAAUGCUCAACUGGGAAAUGGAGUUCAAAAAAUGGUGUCCAGGUUUCAAGAUUCUGACAUACUAUGGGGACAUUGCUGAGCGUAAGCGUAAACGAACUGGCUGGCGUACGGAGGGCAAAGACAUGUUCAAUGUCGUGAUCACCUCUUACCAAUUGAUCCUGCAGGACGCCUCGGCAUUCAAGAUGCGAGCGUGGCAGUAUCUCAUCUUAGACGAGGCGCACAACAUCAAGAACUUCAAGUCUCAGCGCUGGCAAACGCUAUUGAACUUUAGAACGCAACGACGACUCCUCCUAACGGGGACUCCGUUGCAGAACAACAUUGAUGAGCUUUGGUCGCUACUUUACUUCCUUAUGCCUGCCGGCCUUGCUGGAGAAGGUCGUAUUGCCGGGUUGGAGGAGUUUACAAUGGCUCUGAAGAAUCCCACCUCCCAAAUUAUGGAGCAAGGCCGACAGCAGCUCGACGCUGAAGCACAGAAGGUUGUGAAGAAACUCCAUGAGGUUUUGCGCCCAUAUCUUCUUCGCAGGCUGAAGGCCGACGUCGAGAAGCAAAUGCCUGCAAAGUAUGAGCAUGUGGUUUAUUGCAAGCUUUCGAAGCGCCAAAGACAAUUGUACGACGGAUUCAUGGGCCGGGCCGCCACAAAGGAGAUCCUAGCUUCUGGCAAUUACAUGUCUAUCAUCAACUGCUUGAUGUCUUUACGAAAGGUUUGCAACCAUCCAGACUUAUUCGAGACUCGAGCCAUUGUCACCUCUAUGGCUAUGCCAAAGUCUGUUGUUGCAGAUUUUGAGAUCAAGGACCUUUUGAUCCGGAAGCGAUUGCAUCAAGGUAUGCAAGACAAAGAAGUGAGUCUCGACGCUCUUAGCCUAGUAUUUGCUCGGCGAGAGCAGACUACAAUGCUACAUGCACGACGCACGCAGCAAAUUAGAGCAACACGACCACUCGAAGACCUUAUUGAGCGGCAGACUCGGCGCCUUAAGACCGCACCUCAACCAUCUUCGUCCUGUUUCGCCUCUGUUCUUGCCGCCAUAGCAAACCGACAAAAUAUCGCUGUCCGCAACCAACUUCAAACGUGCCUCGACCUUACCCGCUCCCGUACCCAAUUCUUACCAGUCUACGGAAAGGGUUUGAUUGAACGUCUGACAAUGAACUACGAAGAUUACAGGUUUGGUGCCGCGGAAGAAAUCAAGGACGAAGGUAAACCGGAAAGAAGAGUUGAACCAGUCUUUCGACCACAAUUUGGUCCUCACGGAAGCCGCCUUCCAACGUCACUUACGUCCUUUGAGGAAGAUCGUAAGGCUCAAAUGGAUAGGGAGGGAGGCAGAAAGGGUAUGCUUGGGUUCCGAGCUCCACGUAGUCGCCUCCACGCUGCAGAAUGGUACCACAGACAGAUUACGAUCUUCGAGUCGUUGGUGCCGACACUCGAACAGCGCGCCGAAGCUCUGGAGCCAAUUGUCACCAGAUUCAACUGUGUGACUCCGGCCGUUACUGCUGAGGACAUUAUUCCUCUUACAUUGUCUAAGCCUGGCGUGGAGCUUAUAAGAUCAUCGCCAAUUGUACUUCGUCGAGACCCGUUUCACGAGUCUCGCAUUCGCCAAUCCAUCGCUUUUCCCGAUAAACGCCUUCUUCAAUACGACUGCGGCAAACUGCAGCGCCUGGCCACGCUACUUCGAGACCUGCAAGCUGGUGGUCACCGGGCGUUGAUCUUCACGCAGAUGACCAAGGUCCUCGACAUUCUGGAACAGUUUUUGAACAUCCAUGGGCAUCGAUACCUGCGCCUUGACGGAGCCACGAAGGUUGAACAACGGCAAAUUCUAACAGAUCGCUUCAAUACUGAUCCACGCAUUCUGUGCUUCAUCCUGUCAUCUCGAUCUGGUGGUCUAGGCAUCAACUUGACGGGCGCCGAUACAGUCAUCUUCUACGAUUUAGACUGGAAUCCUGCUAUGGACAAGCAAUGCCAGGACCGCAGUCACCGCAUCGGACAGACCCGGGACGUACAUAUUUACAAAUUUGUCUCCGAACACACCAUCGAAGCCAACAUCCUACGUAAAUCGAACCAGAAGCGGCUGUUAGAUGACGUCAUUAUUCAAAAAGGCGACUUCACGACCGACUACUUCAACAAGGUCACAUGGCGCGAUGCAUUGAACGAAGGGCCUGUGGACGAAGCCAGUGCCGCUAUGGAUAGGGUUCUAGGCGAGAAAGCUGGGUUGUUGGGUGAUGCGCAGGUUAUGCGGGCUGUGGAGGACAAGGAAGAUCAGAAUGCAGCUACAGUGGCGCAGAAGGAGAUCGUGGAUGAGAUUCAUGAUGACCAGGUUGAUUUUAGCGAGAGUACCUCGGCGACGCCAGCGAAUGCGAUGACGAGGGCGGUGUCAGAAGCUGAGGAUGAGAGGAAUAAGGUCGGGGAUGGUGAAAUGAGACAUGUAGAUGAAUACAUGUUAGCAUUGUUCAGGGAAGAGUAUGGUCAUGAACCGUAUAAGCCGCCAACGGAUCGUCAGAAGAAGGCGAAGAAAGGCCAGGAUGUACAUCGGCAUCCGAGGAAGAGGAGACAGCAUUUCUAAGGGAUACAUCUAGUUAGCAUCGUAUGGUAUUUCAAACCCUGAAACUACAAGGGUAUGUGUAUUAGUAGAGGGAUGGUUGUCAUGAGAUGGAUAGCAUGGAGGGAGGAGUAGGUUGGAUAUCUCUGUCUGCUGGUCAUCUGUUCCUCUCUCCUGGAGAACCAACCACCAUGAUGUCUGGUUUUGGGUUGGGCAUUAACUGUAUGAUAGUUCUUCUCUGCAUUGUGGUACUAAUGGUGGCGUUGUCAGUGCAUGAAUGGCUGGAGUUGGACUGUGCUUGUGGGAAU